UGUCUGUAAGCCCCCCUUUUUACGCAGUAUGAUGAUAAGAAGUCAUGUAGUACCUACGGUAUGGGCACAUAAUCCCACAUCUAUGAAAGAUACCCGUAUGCGAGAUAUAGGCCUCACCUCUUCAUUGGCCAUCCAUCCAGCCAAGCAUGCAUGGCGGUUACCGCAAUCCUCCCGCCCUGAACAAGUGGUGCCACUACCAAUAUUCCAUAGUACCGCCCCGUCAUCCGCCUCAUCGAAUACCUACUUGGUAUCUAAGGUAUCCCAACUUGCAGAAUGAGAACUUGACGGACAAAAGAACUUUUGUGAGGAAUUUUAAGUAAUAAUUAUUAUAAGGAAGUCCAAAAAAAAUGGGCCGCUGGUCACAUCUCGACACAGACGAGGAGCGCCUCCCGCACGGCGUCAAGCGCAUCGGGUACGACGCCGACGACCAGGAGUACACGUUCUUCGACACGUCCGACGGGAGCAUCUGGGUCGGGAGAUAUAACGGCCCCCUGAAAUGCGUGUCGCGGCCGGAGCGAGUCGUGAGCUCGAGCAGCGACAACGAUAGCAAGGACGAGCCACCGAGAUAUAAUAAUAAUAAUAAUAAUAAUAAUAAUAAUACCGACUUUGAUAAUAUUCUUGCCGAGGAAGAAGUCGAGAGAAGAGAUCGGCAGAAGUCGGAUGGUCCGGGAACGAAAGCUUUGCUGAGCACCUUCGUCGCGGUGGGGAGGCUCGCCCGGCUCGUGGUUGCGCGACGAGGUGCGGGUGCGGCUCGCAGGUCGCCGCGCGAUGAGUGCAGACGAGACCGGCGCGCCCGCGAGCAGGCUAAAGAGCUACUCCUGGGGGAUCAGAAGGAGUGCGAACGGGAACGAUUUGAUUGCGACGAAUAAUCAGGGGUAUCUUCCACCGCUACUGGGAGACCAGCACACCUUAUGUGCUCUUUGAGCUGGCCUCAAAGACUAACGACGAAUCACGAAGAUAGACUCAAGGGGAAUAAGGCGCAGGCCAUAUGAUUUGAUGAUAGUCAUGAGAUAUUUCUAGUUGGAAUUCACCACCGCGAAUUGUCAUCUUUCAAUUCGUAAUCUUAUCAGACCCGCAUCAGACUCGGG